AUUCGCCAGUAUGUCGAAACAAUAAUUAUAAAAUGCGAUAAAUUGAGCGUCGUAGUUGCAACGGUGCGCGACUCGUACGUAUGUAAAAUAAGAUGGGUUACUAUUGCGCUUGGGGGGACGCGAAGAUGAAGUGCAGCUCCGAGGAGGAGGGUUAUGAAAAUCGCGUCAUCGUCGACGUCGCAGAAAAGAGAGGCGGACGCGCCUCGGACACCCACGGCGAAGCUCCACCCACUCCGGCACCACCGAUCGCGGACGAUACCGAUCGACAGUUCUGGGCGGAGGACGAGCUGAGCAGCUCGGAGUCGCGGCAGAGAUUAACCGCGAGGAGGAAGCGCCGGCGUAGCGUGUCCUACAGGAAUCGCGCCGCGAACAUGAGUCAAUCCCGCGCACCCCGUCCCUCGAAUUCCAGCUCCGAUUCGAUCCACGCGGAGACCUCGGCUAAAGUCUGCAGAAUACGAAGACGUUGGUUGAAUCCUAAAACAGAGAAAUUACAAUUGGGAAAAGCAUCGUGCACAAGUACCGAGGAACCGAUUUGCAUGGUGAACAAAGUGAUCGCUUCGGAACAUCAGGCAGCAUCUACUUCUAGCUCGCGCCUCGAGAGUCGCGAGGCGAUCUUGCCGCGCGCGAAUCAUUGCGAGCGAGCGAGCAACACGUUACGGGACGUCAAGAGAAUCCGACCGAAAAAAGCACGUGGUCCAUCUUUUUUUUAUUCAAUAAAACGCAAACGCUUGUGGUUCGUUAUUUAUUCGCUGCGAUGAUAUCUCUCGUUUUACAAUAAUAUAAAUUGUCAGUUUUAUUUUCCAUUUCUCGACAUUCUCGAUCAUUGUCGAUUUACAUCGAGUGGAAAAAAAAAACGGUGCCGGGGAGCAGAUAAUAAGUCAUUCAUUUUUCGCCCACGUACUCGUUCGGGAAGCGCGCUAUCAGCGAUAUUGCCAUUCCGUCUCUUUGUGAAUA